AUGGCAGCUGCUAAGAGUUUAAGAAGUUGUUCUUUACAUUUUUCCCAUAUCUUCGUAUUUUCGUUUGCCAUUCUCUUUCUCAUGUCAAGCAUUCCAACCGUCCCAGCCAAAACCACCAACAGUUCUUGUAUCAAAACCUACAAAAGUUACAGAAAAACAGCCUGCAAAUCGGCCACAUAUCAGAAAGAUUGCUAUAAAUCACUCUCCCCGUACGCAUCCGCGAUUAAAACCGAUCCAGAGAAGCUCUACAAGGUUACAUUAUACAUCACUAUAAGAGCUGCUCGUGAAACUUCCUCCUCCAUAUCAUCGUUGUGGAGACUCAAGGACUUAACUCCUACUGAACGAGGGAUCAUCCGUGAUUGCGCUGAAACCGUAAGCCAUGCAAUCGACGAGCUCAAGCAAUCCUUGACGGUGAUGACCAAUUUGCGAAGCAGCUCAGAUCGUAGGUCUGAAAUGGAAAAUGUAAGGACCUGGGUUAGCGCCGCGUUAACAGACCAAAGCACAUGCACGGAUGAGUUUGAUGGCCAGACAGUAAGCAAUGCAGUGAAUAAGAAUAUCAAGAAGACUGUGUUGAAUCUGGCCAGGAUGACCAGCAAUUGUUUGGCUUUUGUCGAUGCUGUCAAUUACUAG